CGCCUCACGCAACAGCUUUACACGUAAGUAAUACAUAUGUUUGUUUGCAAUCUUUUCUAUCUGAUUAUUUUUAAAAAAAUUUUUUAAAAAAUUGUAAAUUCUAUAUUAUAUGUGAAUAAAACUAAUUUAUAAAAAUUAAAAUUAUAACUUUUUAAUACAAAAAUUAAAUAUAUUUUUUAUAAAAUUUUUAUAUUAAAUUCUAUUUAUAUAUUUUAUUAAUCUUUUAAUUUUAUUUCAUAUUUUGAAAUUUCUUGAUUUUUAAUAAAUAUGAAAUAGUUUAAUUAUAGUUGUUAUAUUUCAAAAAAUUUAUUUAAUUUAUCAAUAAGAUAUUUAUUUCUUAUUCUAGUCAUUUAUUUUAAUAAAAAAAAUAUUGAAAAAUUGAACUUUAAAAUAAUUUCUGGUUUUUAUAAUUAUGCAAUAGAUUACGCAGUGGAAAUUAUUUAAAACUCCUUUAAUUUAUUUAUAUUCUUUAAAUUCAUAGAUAGUUAAAGUAAUAUAUUAUACAUAAUAUAUAUUAUACAUAAAUUAUAUCACAGUUAUAUGUUAAUUAUAUUUUUUUUUUACAUCUUUAAAAUUAUACUUUAAUCAUAUCAAUAAUAAAUAUAUCAUUAAUCAAUAAUCAAUAAUUAAAAAAUAAUUUUACACAUUUUUGCUUUUUACACCAUUUUUAAAAAAAAAAUUAUUAUACUUAUUAUAGUUAUAUUUUUUCUAUAAUUUAAUUUUUUAUUCAAUUUAUAUUUUCAAAUAUUGAUAAUGAUAUUUAAAACAUUUUAUUUUUUUAUAAAAAUUUUCGUAUUCUCUGUAUAUUUCUUUUUUUAUUUAAUAAAUUUAUUUUGAAUUUUUUAAAACAUAUUUAAUGUGAAAACAUUCUUUAAAAUCUGACGUCGUCGCAGUCAAUUCCGUUUUAGUGGCGCUUCUAUCGUAUUAACAUGAACAGUAUCCGGCCACGUUAAAAUAGCUUGUUUGGUUAUAAUAUUAGCGGCGAUUUUGAUCAAUUAAUUAAAUAUUGUGUUUUGCAAUCUUUCUCAAACUUAAAUGUGAAUAAGCUACAAGAAAUAGGAAUUUAACGAAGAAUGGACUACUGGUCGAUUUGCUUACUAUUUAUUUCGCUAUUUGGUACGAUAUUACGUACUGGUGGUGUCGAACUAUCCUUUGAACUACCUGACAAUGCGAAACAAUGUUUUUAUCAGGAUAUUGAAAAAAAUGCGACAGCAUUAUUUGAAUUUCAGGUUGUGACAGGUGGACAAUAUGAUGUAGAUGUAAUUUUGGAAGCACCAAAUAAAGAGAUUAUUUAUAAACAAAUAAAAACGCAAUUUGAUUCACAUCAAUUUACAGCAUCUAUGACAGGAGCAUAUAAAGCUUGUUUUAGCAAUGAAUUUUCAACUUUUUCACAUAAACUUGUUUAUAUGGAUUUCAGAGUAGGUGAUCAAUCAUCACUUGGAGAACAUGUAACUGUUAUGACUCAGAUGGAAUCUUCUGCUCAAACAGUACACAAGAAUUUAAAUAGCAUUUUAGAUUAUCAAACACAUCAUCGAUUGAGAGAAGCACAAGGUCGCAAACGUGCAGAAGAUUUGAAUACACGUGUACUCUUAUGGUCCGUUAUGGAAACUAUUACAAUCUUAGUUAUAUCUGUGGGGCAGGUGUAUAUCUUAAGGACCUUUUUCACAGAGAGAAAACGUUAAUAAUGUUUAUUAGUGUAUUUGCGAAUAAUAAUACUUUUUUUAUUCGUAAAUUAAACAAUUUAUCCAUCAAGUGAAUGUGAAACAUCAUCAUACUUAAUAUUUCAUGAGUUCCACCAGUUAUGGUGCCAUGUUAAACUGGGCCAGUUGUGUAUUAUGUCCAUAUUUAUUUUGGACUUGGAAAUACAAUUUCAAACAAAUGGAAUAAUGUAGCAGCAGAAACUUGCAGUUUACUAAAUUAUGAGGAUGUUGUGUAUGCGCGUUUAUGUGUGAAUAAUUUGAAUAUUAAGUUAUAAAAGUUAGAACUUUUUAAUAAGUACUUGCUCUAAUAUAAGCAUUAAUAAGAAAUGUGGAAAUAAUUGAACUAUCUUCUAAUAGUAAAUCUUUAUGUUAUAACUGUAUUUUGGCAUUGACAGUGUAACAUUGCCAUCAGAGACAUUUUUCUUACUGUAAUAAUAAAUUAGAAUAUUUGCGCGUA